AUGUCUGCAGGACCAUCACAUGUACAAACCAUGGAAAACUCUACCAUCUCACCCAAAGACACUUUAUUCUUCCAGGAAGCCAUUGCCCUCGCCGAUCAAACUCUCAAAAUCUCCUCCAGUGGGCCUUUAUGCCCAGUUACGAAGAAGACGGCUAACAAACUCAAGGAGUCUUCUCAAGCAGGCCUGUUCCCAGCAUCCAGGAAAGACGAGCUCUACACUACAGAGGACUAUCGCCGCCACGUGCGCGACGACACAAAAGAUCUGCUGGAGUAUUUCGCAGACGAAGCUAAGUACCACGAUCUCAUUACCGAGCUUUGCCAGAUCUUUCGCGAGCAUUAUGUCCUCAGGUACAUGGGCUGUCAUGUGGAUGGCUUGCCGGUGGCGCUUCACAAGCUGUGCGGUGCGAAGAGUAACAACCACUGUAAUCCGACCCCGCCUCCCACUGAGGAGCCAAGUCCCCCACCUGUCCGUCCGCUCCGCCCACUGACCCCGUCAACAGACAUCAUCAAACGAAUCGCACACCUAUUCUGCGAGGACGGAUGGGUUCGCAGUAACGAGCACGGACAAGGGCAUGCCGAUUUCCUCCAAAUCAUCAAAGAAAACACGCCCAGCGGCCGCAGGCAAAGGGACUUCAACCGCUACACGGACAAGCUCCUGCGUGGAGAGUACGACGAAAUGGCCGGCCACCUCCGCCGUGACAGGAACCGUCUCAAGACACGGCUGCACCGCGCAGAGGACGCGAGCCUGCGAUCGGUCUUCAGCGACGCGAUCAACAAGAAGGAGAAGUCCCUGUUCUUGGUGAACAAGUACGUAUUCAAUGGUUACGAUGACCCGUUCUGGAGGGUGUACCCGACAAAGGAGGCGGUAGAGAUGAGCGUGUUCCAGGAUUACUGGGAGCAAAGGCCCAGACGUCGCACUGACGAUGAAGAUGACCCCUUUGGAAUACCUGAUAUGGGUCUCGGGCCAUUUAGUUGGUGA